AGGCUGGGUCCUCCGAACGAUGCAGCCCCUGAAUUGAGACACAGCUUCUGAGUGAAUGGUGGCCUCGGCUGUGUUUGGGUUUACUUCCUUUGACGGUAAACGUUGCAUGACGAAAACCAACCAUCUCCAGCCACUGUAACGUACAGCGACGAGUUCCGUGUCAAAUCAUGUGACCCACGUUUGACCACGCCCACUUGUACAUUUAAAGUGACACCAGCAAUACCACACUGAAAAUCCACUGCUAGUAGUCGUUAUGCGAUGUUUUUGGAUUAAUAUUACUGCUGCAUUGAUGUGCAUGUGGCAUUUUACUGCUGCAGAUUAUGGUUGUGGUAAUUCUAACUACUUACUAUACUGUUGGGUAGUUUAAUCUACAGCAACGCAUCAUAUUAAAUAAAAUCACUUUGUAGCGUCGCUGUCCUGUGAGAAGCCCCGUGUCUUUGAACAUUUUGUGGCGAUGCAUUUCUGAGAUAAUCCAGUGUGUUUCUAAUAGUUUAUUUAUUUUAAGAAUUGGGAGAUUUUUUUCAACCUGCAAAAGAACACUUCGUCCGAAAUUUCUGAAUUACCAAAUUUAAAGAUACGUGGAUUUCACUGGACAGGAAGGUACCAACUAACAAUUGCUAUUUGAAAAGUAUUUGUACGAUGUCUGACAAAUGUAACAGUGUAAAAAGUUCAAUAUCUGCCUCUGAUACAGUUGUAUACAAUGUAAAUUCGCAAGUACCUCGAGCUAGUAUUGGAAUUGUCGUUAUCACUGUUUAAAAGCUAUAAUCUGUAACAAUGCCAGUGCAAUUUAAUAAAUGGCUCCGAUAGCAGCACAGAAGCUGGACCUGCAGUUCAACUGGAGACAUCCAUUCAUUAAAGAGCGUCUGCAGUCCGCGUAUUUACUGCUCACACGGGCCAAUUUGUGCAUAAAUCAUUCCGCGGCAACCAUCGCCCCAAUUACAGCGGACAGAGUGAGAGGAUCAGCUGUUUCCAGUUAUCAUCAAUCAUACUAGUGAUGUGGAUCAAAUGAGAGACCAGCGGACCGAGAAGAGGAAGGCUAUUUCACCUUGGACACAUUGAGCGUCUCUCCUCGGUCUAUAAUCAGUUUAGAAUUCCGUCAAUUACCACAGACACACAAUACGAAACCCGGAAGUGCUGAGGGUUUUGGCGUCAAAACAAAAGCAUAACAAAUUGCUACAUUGGUGAUAAUGACCUGCUUUAAUAUGAUUGACACAACAGAAAAUGUAUCGAAUCCAAAGAAUGGAAAUAAAGUGAGAUUUCUUUUUUAACUAAGCUACUUCAAAGCUGCGUGUAAAUCUGUUGAUUGAGUCUUUAAAUAAGGCACCAGACAUCGAAACUCUUACGAGACCUCGACGGCUCUUAUUUUGAAAGUCCCCCUCAGGAAGCCCUUGUCUUGUGGUUUAUACAGCUCUAUGUCUAUAAAUUCAUCUCAGUGACAUCAGCAGGGUGAAAGGUUUGGCCAGACUCCUCCAGGAUAAAAGCAUGAGGUGCAGCGCGCAGACCGACGUGGAGGUUCUCGUGUCUUCCUCCUGCGGGGUCUCCGUGCAGCUGAACCGCUAGACCGCUUAUCUCGCAGCCCGAGGAACAACGCAGGACCCCGGACCAACAGGGGGAGAAAAGGCUGAGGAAGGAAGGGAGAGGGAGGCAGAGCGAAAUCAAGCGCAGCUUCCUUGCGGUAUGUUGGGCAACAGAAAGAAAGCGGCCCCGGCGGUGAAGAACGGAGCCGGGACGUCCGAAUCAAAGGCCAUUGAUCCUCUGAGGAGUCUGGGAGUGCAGGAGGAUGAAGAUGUGAAGCGGAUGUUGCAGGGUUCCAGUAUGGUAAAGGUCCGCUCGCCUCGCUGGCAGAAGCGACGAACUCUGAAGCUGCUGGGAGACGGCGUCACUGUCUGGUGCCAGUCCCACAAAACCUCCAGCUGGGCCAAGGACCAGCAAUCCUUCUCCGUCAUGGAGGUCGAGUGCGUGCGCGAGGGUUGCCAGUCAGAGACGCUGCGGCAGAUGGUCGGCUCCGUCCCUGAGCAGCGGUGUUUGACGGUGGUCUUCAAAGGGCCCCGCAAGAGCCUGGAUCUCCUGUGCCAGAGCCAAGAGGAGGCUCAGCAUUGGGCCCGCGGCAUCCGAACCCUGCAGGGGAGGGUGGACAACAUGACUCAGAAGGAGAAACUCAACCACUGGAUUCAUUCUUAUCUGAGUCGGGCCGACCAGAACCACGAUGACAAGAUGAGCUACGACGAAGUCCAGACGCUGCUGCAGAUGAUCAAUAUUGACCUGAGUGACCAGUAUGCCCAUAGUCUCUUCCAGAAAUGUGACCAGUCAGCUGACGGUCGUCUGGACCACGGAGAGAUUGAGGUGUUCUGCAGGGAGUUGUUACGGAGACCAGACCUGGACACCGUGUUCAUUCGCUACUCCGCGAACGACUGUGUACUCUCCACUGUGGACCUGAGGGACUUCUUGAAGGACCAGGGGGAGGACGCUUCACUCAUCCACGCCCAAAGCCUCAUCCUCACCUAUGAACUCAAUGAGUGGGCCCAGAAGAACCAGUUCAUGACCCCCAAUGGUUUCACCAUGUACAUGCUGUCUAAGGAGAACUGUGCGUUUAACCCGGAACAUGCCAGGGUUCACCAAGACAUGAAACGCCCACUGGCGCACUACUUCAUCUCGUCCUCCCACAACACCUACCUCACUAAGGACCAGCUGACUGGGGACAGCAGCACGGAGCCAUACAUCCGAGCCUUGAAACAUGGCUGCCGCUGUGUGGAGCUGGACUGUUGGGAUGGAGAUAAAGGAGAGCCAGUCCUCUAUCACGGACACACACUCACCUCCAAAGUACCCUUUGUCAAAGUCAUUGAGACUAUCAACGACUAUGCUUUUAAAGCGUCUCCCUACCCUCUGAUCCUGUCCCUGGAGAACCACUGCUCCGUGGAGCAGCAGACGGUGAUGGCCCGACACCUGCGAUCCAUCCUGGGAGACAAGCUGCUCACCCAGCCCCUCGACAGAUUGGAUCCUCAAAACCUUCCUUCUCCAGAGGAUCUUAAGGGUAAAAUCCUGGUGAAGGGGAAGAAGGAACACGUGGUUGAGGAACGUUCUUCCAGCUCUUCAGACCUCAGCUCCUCGGACGAGGAGUCCAGCCGCGCCGAAGGCAAACCCGGCCAAAAGACAGAGGACAAGAAGCCAGGUGUGUCUAAGCUGAGUCCAGAGCUGUCAGAGCUGGUGGUGUACACCCGCAGUGUUCCCUUUAAAAGCUUUGAGCAAGCAGCCAAAAGCCCUGCAACUAACAUGUCGUCUUUUUCCGAAAGUGAAGCGCUCAGGCACGCGAAGGACUCAGGGAUGUAUUUUGUCCGUCACAACAGCCACCAGCUGAGCAGGAUUUACCCGUCAGGCCAGCGCCUCCAGUCCUCCAACUACAACCCUCAGGAGAUGUGGAACGCAGGCUGUCAAAUUGUUGCUUUAAAUUAUCAGACACCUGGUGAGCAGAUGGACCUCAACGAAGGCAAGUUCCUGCAGAACAAUCACUGUGGGUACACGUUGAAACCUCCCUUCAUGUGCCAGCCCGACAGCACCUUCAACCCGGAGAAUGUUGGUGGAGGUUCUGGCCACAGACCUGUUCUGCUCACUGUUCGGGUCAUUUCAGCUCAGCAGUUGCCGAAACCAGAAUGGGACAAACCCAGCUCAAUUGUGGACCCUCAGGUGUGGGUGGAGGUACAUGGUGUUCCCAUAGACAACAACAAGAAGAAAACUCAUCAUGUCGACAACAAUGGCUUUAACCCACGAUGGGACUGUACCUUCAACUUUACCGUCCAUGUCCCUGACCUGGCACUGGUUCGCUUCAUGGUGGAGGACCAUGACUAUACCUCAAGCAAUGACUUCCUAGGGCAAUUCACCCUGCCUUUUACGAGUCUCCGCACAGGUUACCGUCACGUCCGACUGCUCAAGCUGGAUGGCUCCAGCCUCUCGCCCUCCUCACUCUUCGUCCAUCUUAAGGUCACACAAUGUCAGAGCAGGCCCUCAAAAUCAUCAGCUAAGUCACCGGCCAAGUCUUCAGCCAAGAAACCCUAAGCCCAUCUCUACCACAUACAGUAGCAAUAUGAAGAGUGGAAGCUGCCAUGGGCUGGUCCCCAGACAUAUCUGCCCUGAUCCAGGCAACAACAAAAAAAAGAUCCGGGCCCAAAUUGAUCAAAUUAAUGAUGAUAACCUUGUUUUACAAAUGUUGCAGCUAUAUCCAUAACUUGUCUACAUUUUAUGGAACGAGAGGAUAGUGUCGUGUCUCCUUAAUCCCCCAUUUAUUGAAGGUUUUGCUUUUCAGAGCACAGACUCGAGAACUUACCGACAACUCAUUGAACCAGCCUACAGAAGUCUAUUGAUCUAUGAGACCGUGACCAAAGUUUGGUGUUAGAUUUUGUCUUGACAUUUUAAACAUACUAUUUCUUGCUACCCUCUCAAACAUGCUAAGUCUCCAGCCUUCUGAAGUAAUGACUUAUUUUUAUUAACUGUAAUCAUCUUAUUGUAGUAUAUUUUAUCUGAUGUUAUUUUUUACCUGUCAGUCAUGUGUAGGUUUUUUGCCAGUGUAUUGUCCUGUCAACAAUGCAACUACUAAAAAGUAUCCAUCUGUCGCAGCUGAUGAAGAAAAUGUCAGGGGAAACACAAAAAGUGAAUUUCAAACUAAAGACCCUGUAACUUUGGAAGGUUAUAUUUAUACAGCUAAAGCCUCAUAUUAGCUUUAGCCUUUUUACAGUGGAGUCACAUUAAAAAGGAUCUAUUCACAGCCACUAUGAAAAGGAUUAAUAAUGACAGGAUUAAUAUUUACAACAACCAGUAACUCAUAGUAGUACUGUAUAUUGUAAUUUCAAGGUUUACUUCCAAGCUCAUUGUGGAGCUUAUGAUCACAUAAUACUCGUAACCAGCAAAUUAGUAACCAGGUUACUCAGAGAAACCAGGUUACACAGGUAAUCUGAGAACAUGUUUACAGGCACUCUAAUAAUGGAUACUGGAAAUCUGUGUAUACAAGCAGCAGGACCGUAUCCUAAUACAGUUCUCAGUGUUAAUCUGCAGGCUGUUUUCAUUCUGUUUUCACUCUUCGUAGCUAUACUAUACCAGCUAUGUAGUUGUUUUAACCCAGACGUUGACUUAUUUAUCACAUAACUUUUGUUCUUAAGUUCUGUAGUUAUUUUAACACAAUUGUUGAUUUAUUUGUCACGGAAGUUUCGUAAUUAAGUACUUAUGUUGACCUAAACCACAAUCUUUUCCUAAACCUAACCAAGUAGUUUUGUUGCCUAAACACGGCAGGGGCACGAAAAAUGACCAACUCCCUUUUCGGAAAAUAUCAAACAAAUGGUUGUAUGAGGAUACAUUGAAGUUUGAUACUCAAAAGUGGCAACUUUCCCAAUACUAUACAGCAAAAGCCAUAUGGAAAAUAACGAUGGAUUUUUGAAGAUGAUACUGUAGAUGAUGAAGAAACUUUUCUGCCCGUCUGACAUGCGCUGUACAACUGAAGGGGCCUUUGGCAGUUAAAUUCCAUCCUAGUACUUUAAUAAUGUAGCUCAGUGUGUUAUAUAAAAUGUAAAAUAUGUUUUGAAGAGAUAACUUUUUUGUUAAAUGUUUGAUUCACAGUGACUGUAUUUUAGCUCGACACACUCAAUUUGUUCAUCCUUUCUAUCAGUGAAUGACCAAAAUAUAUUAUUAAGUAGCCAUCUAGAGUUUUUAUACUAUAAAUAGAAUUAGCUCUGUUAUGCAAUAGAUGAUGAUGCACUAGCUACAUUUGCUGCCUUAUUGUUAGCUUGUUAGACAAGGCGUACAUGCACGUGCUUCAUAGUAGCAAUUACUUUUCUUAGCUUUAUUUUACUUUGUCUUUAAUUUACUUAGAUACGUACUGUGCAGUGCAAGCCUGGCCACUGUGACUUAAAUGCUUUAUUAGUGUCAGUGUUUGAACAGAUUAUAAGACGUGUCUCUAUGUUAGACAUCACACUGUUAAGUCAUCUGCUGUAGUUUAUGUUAAAGAAAAAGUUUUACACAGCGUUGUUUUUAUUGAGGACGGACCGUUUGUUUUGUUGGAGCUGGUUUUAGAACAUUCAUUUUUUGUUGAUUUUCACAUGACAAGGAGAACUAUGAAUAUUUAUACUAGGAUAAUCUCAUGAAGAAUCUUAUGUUCAAGAAAAGGAUUUACACAGUGUUAUUUGUGUUUUGUUUUGUUGGAGCUGGUUUUAGAACAUUAUUUUUUGUUGAUUUACACAUGUCAAGAAGAACUAUGAAUAUUUAUACUAGGAUAAUCUCAUGAAGAAACUUAUGAAUUGCAGGAAUUUUUGGCAACACUUUCCAUGUCUAUGAUGCAUUAUAUACAUGGGCGUCAUAGAAAGUGUUACCGAAUCAGGACUGUGUGCUAGGGAGAUGAAGUGAGAUCAGUAUUAGUCUCCAAUCUUCUAAAUCUUUGGAAUAAUAGAAAAAACAACAACUUCAAAAUAUGUUUGGCAUCGUGAGAAGACUGUUAAUUUUUGUCCGAUUCGAUUUGACGAAGCAGAUUAUCAGACAGCUCUUGUAGAAUUGGGCCAAUAUUUAACCAUCUCAGACAAAUCCCAGCCCUGUGUCUGAUGACACUGCACUUUCUCACAUGUAUCAGGAGCUGUAAGUGUAAGAACUACCUACAUGGUUAAACACCAAAGGUGUGUUUUUUUAACUGUAGCAAGUCAUGAUAACAAAAACUGUAACUGUACAAAUCCAAAGCAUUGAAAUCAUUGUUUAUUGAUUAUAUUUGAAGUAUUAUACUGUUUGCUUUUGUCAUAAACCAGCUGUCAAUCUGAUGUUAUUUAUUGAAACAAGUAAUAUACACGAUGAUAGAAUACAAAUGGAAUUAAAAACACUCUGAAAAUAGUUGAACAAAGUGAAGAAUCUGCCAGAUAGUAUUCGAGUAAUGUUCUUAACCAAACUGUUAACGAACACUUCCAAAUGAUGUUUUUUUUUUUAUUACGGUGAAAAAAAAUAAAAGUAUAAAUUCAGUAUUAUAUUGCCGUUGCUUGUAUUUUUCAUUCAAAUCUCAAUCAUGAAGCAUGUUUCCUGGAAUCCAGUUUAAAGGGGAACACCCCCUAAAUCUCCGAGGAAGGUUCUAUCAGUAUUUGUGAACAUGAGCUACUCUCUCUCAAAGCCGGACACCAGAGAAGGAAGCAUCAAAACAUGUGAAGUCAUCAGGUAUAAUGUACAAAAUCAAUCUAUACAUGUGUACUAUUGUUACAUACUUUUCUGUAACCAUGGUAACCUGUGCCAACCCCAUGUGACCAAACAAUGAUUUGUGGGAAUCAUAAAGUCUGAACUAAUUCCAAAAAAUAUAUAUGACGGCCAGAAAA